AUGUCUCUCCAACUUCAACUUCACGCCGAGCACUGCCGCUACUGUGGCACGAGAGAUGACUUGACGCCCUGCUUGCGUUGCAAGCACGUCCACUUUUGCAAGCAUCAUCGUGGCUCCAAAGACCACAAAGUCGAGUGUUCUCGGCUAUUCAACGGGUAUCAGCAAUUUAUCGCCUUCGAGGCGAUGCAACCCCUUAAUCAUCAAGGCGUCAAGGAAUGGUCAAUUCCGUUUGCCGCACUCCCAGAGGCUUCGAAAUCCAGCUACAUGGCUCACUGUCUCAACUAUGCAACAAAUCUCCUGCAGAUCGACCAAGUACAACGCCAAGAGCUCGCGUUGGCGCUCCUCUCACGAGUGUGCAGCCAGCCAGACGGCCCCGAGCGACCGAGGAAGAUUGGACGACUUGCAGCACGCAUGCCGUGCCUGCUGCUGCGGCUGGGCAAAGACCAGGAAUGCUACCACUUCUGCAAGUGGUGGAACACGCCCUCCACAAACUGGAGAUCGAAGCAAGUGGCAGAGCUUUGGAACGAACCACCCGCCGAUAGGCUUGAGUCUGUCGAUUUCAUGCUCGUCCAAUGCUCCCGGGGCUAUCUCGCGGAACUAGAGGCGCUCCGGUUAGCAGGCUGCGAUAUAGCUUACUACGCGUGCAUCAUCUUGGUCAAGAUCCGCAUCCUGGUCAAACUCGAUAAGUUCGGGGCUGUGGACACACUGAUGCCGAAGUACGCGACCCCCCAGGAGAUCGCCGACAUGAUCAAGAACGAGAUUCUAGACGACGACUCGAUCCCCAAUCGGCACCGGCUCUGGCCGCGAGAGGCAUACACGACGCACAUCGCGAAUCUCAACUUGCAGAUUCGACAGCUAGUCGAGGGAGUCAGCCGCUGCUUGCCCCAUUUCUGGCCCGAGUUGCUGCGCAUGGCGGACAGCCGCGAUCCGAUCACCUUACAGCAAGAGAAAAGCCAGAACGGUACGUGGGGCAUUUCUGGAGGCUCCAGGGCCCUAAAACAUACCUUUAGGGUGUGGCAGGAGACGCCUGGGGCUAUCGAGAUGGUUCGCAAGAUCGUGUCAGCGCAACGAUGCGAGCUCAAGGCAGUUGCAGGGGAUUCUUAA